CAGCGCCAGCGCCAGGCAGGGCAUACCUCGCUAUUCCAAUUCAAGCGUUUAUUUUGGUUCUUGGCGUUCGACGACGCGUACGGCCGGUGAUUUGAUGUGUGUUGUGAUUUGUUGUGUGUCAAAUAGUUACAAUGUUUUACACUAAAAUCAUGUCGUAAAUUGGAACUGUACAGCACAUUCCUAUAUCGUGAUGAUAGUGAUUUAUUAUUUUAUUCGUAUUCAUUAAUUAAUAGCCAUGGCUCUCUACAACCGACGUGCGUGGACACUGUUUCUAGUAGUGUUAUGCUUGUGUGAGUUGCUUAUUAAGUCAAGUUAUGCGUUGCAAGAUCAAGAAUGGAUUCUUUCGAACAAACCAGCCGUCAGUUCAAAUUUAAAUAAUAUAGAUGUCGGCGCCGUCCGGUGCUACUGCAACCUGCCAGUGUGCGUGGGCACCAGUUACAUGUGCCGAUCGGAACGAGGCGGCUGUUUCUCAGACGCGGCCGAUCGCAGCCAAGCCAAGCAAAAGGACACGUAUCGCGCACGACACGGUUGCAUCGAAUUUUUAGCCGAAUUGCAACAAGGCUUGGAGUGCUAUAAUGCGUCGCGAGGUGCAAAUGCCUCUAAUGUUGGCUUGAUGUGGUGUUGCUUUAAGGAUAUGUGCAAUCACGUGGACAAUUUAGACAUCAGAAAUUUAAGCACAAUUUAUACUGGCGGGGUAACAAGAACUGAAUUGUAUGACGACAGUCAAACGUCGACAUCUGGAAACGCCAUCAAUGAUGAUUGGUUCAAAGCAGCAACAAUAGCGGUUCCUAUUUGUGGUGCUUUAAUUUUGUUCGUCCUGAUAGCUUUGGCUGUGAAGAUUUUGAAAACUGAGGGGGUGAAUGAUCAGGCUUCAAAGUUAGGAAGUCAUUAUAUACCUGGAGCACCAGCGCAGAUGCACUAUUCUGGUCCCACAAAUAGUCUAAACUGCAUGCCAUUGCUGCUGCAGGUAUGUGAUAAUGGAUGUACUGACACAUCUUCCAAUCAUAGCACAGGUAAAACGUCUACUUCAGCAUUGCCAUUACUUGUGCAAAAUCAUACUAGGACUAAAUUAAGUUAUGAGAAGAAAAAUGAAUUAAAUGCUAAGCUCAACCUGAUAAAUAAUUUGGAGUAUAAUUUGAAACCAGGAACACAAGAUAAUAACAGUUAUAAAGCAAAAAGUCAUUUAAGUGACUCUUUGAACAAAGAUAAUAGCUUACUCAACACAAAUUCUUCUAGUACUAAGAUAGAAUCAAAAUCAUAUAAUAAGAACAUAGGCUGGAGUUAAUUGUAAGAGAUACACCAUAUUUAAAAAAUAGUAAUAGUAAUUUAUCUUUAUAAUGUACAUAUGUGUAUAUAGUAUAGUAGUACAGUGUUGUAUAGAAACACUGUAAAAUUAUUUAAAGUAAAGUUUUUGAAAAAUGCUUUCAAUGCUGGUUUUGCAAGAAAAUGUCUUAAA